UCACGUGGUCUUCCCUUUCUAACGGGUUACAGCUGUGUGUUACAGGUUAUAGGCUCUCGCUUCAGUUAUUUACAAAAUAACUGAUAUCAUUAUGUAACCGCAACUGUUAUCAACAGUCAAACAUUCCGAUAAUUUAUUUUAGCUCUUACACUUGAAUUCAAGUGGUGUCUUCGUAACCUCCACGACCAACAAUAACGAAAUGGCAAAAUUCUGCGCAAAUCUGUCCUUCAUGUUCACCGAACAGCCGUUCCUGGACAGAUACAAACUGGCGAAAGAAGCAGGCUUCAAGGCAGUGGAAACGGGAUUCCCCUUUACCUUCACCGAAAAGCAAGUAUCUGAUGCCAAGGACUCUGCAGGAGUGCAACAAAUUCUCAUCAACACUUACACCGGCGACGUGACCAAGGGCGAACUGGGCUUCGCAGCCGUGCCAGGAAAAGAACAAGACUUCAGAGAUAGCAUCAACAAGACCAUCAACUAUGCAAAAGUCCUUGGAGCUUCAAAAAUCCACAUCAUGGCAGGCAAAGUACUGGAAGUUAAGGAUGCCCAUCAUUUGACGUACGAAGAAAACCUCAAGUAUGCGGCUAAAUUGUUGGAGAAGGAGGGUUUGUUGGGGGUCAUUGAACCGAUUAAUAACUACGCGGUGCCAAACUAUUACCUGAACUGUUACGAUAAAGCACUGUCGGUGGUGAAGAAGUUGAAUAGUCCGAAUUUACGAAUCAUGCUGGACGUUUUCCAUUUGCAACACAUCAGAGGGAAUAUUACCAACAGUAUCAAGGACCUGAGCGGGUACAUAGGGCACGUACAGAUAGCACAAGUGCCUAAUCGAAAUGAGCCAGACACUCCGGGUGAAGUGAACUAUGUAUAUGUAUUAGAAACGUUGAAGGCUUUGGGGUACAACGAUUGGAUUGGGUUGGAGUAUAAGCCCUUGGAGAAUACGGAGAAAGGACUAAAAUGGCUGAAGUCGUUCGGCUACACGUUAUAAAUCUUUUUUUUACGUUUUAUCAAAAUAAAUCUAACCAAAACGUG